AUCUUCCUUUCAGGGGGUUGACCCUCACUAGUCAUCGUGUAUGGCGGAAUCAGAUAAGUAUAAGUAGAUGACCCCGGGAAUAAGUUCGGCUCGGGGCAUCGAAAAGCAAAUAUUGAAAUGGAGCCCGGCCAGAAGAAGCGUCGCGCAAGCAAACCUAAAUGCAAGACAGGCUGUCGGACGUGCAAGAUCCGUCGGGUGAAAUGCGACGAGGGUCGACCAGCAUGUAGCCGAUGUGUGUCAACCGGCCGAGUUUGCGAUGGCUAUGGGAUCUGGGGUGGGGGAGGAACUACUUCGUCUGGCAAUCGUGCAACCGUACCGAAGGUGUGCCAGAAUGCGCUGUCUUGUUAUAAUGCGCCAGUGCCAAUUGUUCAUGCCACAUCCACUGAGAGAGUAUGCGUAGACUGGUUCAUUCAGCGCACCAUCUCCAAGAUCGCAGGAGUUUUUUCAUCCGACUUCUGGAACAGGCUAGUCGUCCAGGCGAUAUCCCAAGAGCCAGCAGUGCGACAUGCGGCAUUGGCAUUGGCAUCGGCUCACCGAUAUGGGGCACACAAAGAUGACCCGGCGUGUACACUGGAAGAUCACCUAGAAGAAUGUGAGAAGUUCACUCUCCAGCACUACAACAAAGCAAUCAGUUGCCUCCAUGCCGAAUUCAAGCGCAGUAAUAAGCUGAAUCAGAGUAUGAAUGUUGCCCUGAUUACUUGCAUGUUAUUUGUGACCCUUGAAAUGAUGCGAGGUCAAUUCACAACAAGUCAGACUCAUCUACAGCAUGGGCUAAGGCUGCUGAAAGAACUUCAGACCCUGUCGGGCACCUCUAGAAGUGAGAGUAUCUUGAUAAGGACUUUAUCACGAACAGUCGAAGAUGAUAUCAUUCAAGUCUUCAGCAGACUCGCAGUACAGUCUGCUCUGCUUGGACACGGGAUGCAACAUUCGAACCUUGACUAUGAAAUUCAACCACGUCACUUACCUUACAAAUUCCAGUCAAUUGAGCAAGCGAGACAAUAUCUGGAUGUCCUUCUUGCGAGGACACAAUCACUAGUGGAGAUGGGUCGCCAGAUAGAAAUUGGCAUGUACGUUGAGCCUCAGAGUUAUGAAGAGCUUCUCGAAUCUCAGUGGCGCAUGGAAAAGGAAUUGACGAUUUGGCUUGAUGUCUACAAGCUAUUUCUUGGUGAAGCUCGAUCGCAUGAUUUGACCCAAACUAUAUUGGCUGAGAAGUUACUUAUGAUGUACCAUACUAUGGCCCUGAUCAUGGUUACGACCUGCAUUCCAUGGGAUGAUGAAACCGCAUUCGACCUACAAACCGACAGGUUUUUGUCGAUUAUUCACGAAGCAAUCAGUAUCUGUCAGGCCAUCAAAGAUGUGUACCCGGAUUCUUUCACCGGCAGUACGCCUCUCGGUUGUCCCCUGGGCAUGGCAUUUACAAUGGACAUCGGCUUCAUCCAACCGCUUUAUUAUACCGCGCUUAAAUGCAGAGUGCCACGAAUUCGACGCCACGCAAUUAAAUUGCUUCGAUUAGCUCCUCACCGUGAAGGCAUAUGGAAUGGCAUUCGCACCGCCAAGAUCGCCGAAGAGGUAAUAGCAAAAGAGGAACGAAACAUUGUUGAGGGCCUUGCAUGCGAGGAUGGCUUUGAUAUACUCAGCCUGCCACAGGUGGGAGAUGCGAUAUCGGUAUUGCCUUACCUGUGCCGGAUCUCAGACGUCCGUGUUGAAUUGCCCGAUGAAACCACAGGCGAGGUCACUGUGACUUUUUGGCAGACUGAAGACGGCAACAGCUGGAAGGUGUGUGAGAAAGUGUUCCCUGAGGAAGAUUCAUGAGCCAUCUGUAGCAGAGCUUUGAAUGGAUAUGGGUCCUCAUUCUCGGAACUAUCUUACGAAGAUGUCGCUACAAUUCUCGUCACUCGUCAAACAACUGAACGAACCGGACGCUCAACCACGUCGACAGAACAUGCCAGUAUGCGAUCGCAUUUUCAGUGACUAACUCCCAUGGACAGAUCUGGGAGCUUCUAUACUACUUACUAUCUUUCAUGUCCCAGACUAAUUAUGACAUCAUGAAAGGGUCAUCUUAGCCAAUCAGAUCCACUGUUAUAAUAUCUUACCGAUUAUUGA